CCCUAUGAUUUGGAGAGGAACCUGGAUAUGAAUGCAAAAGGAGUCAUCUUGAGAGCUUUCGAACAGUUCAGGCUGAAAACAUGUAUUGACUUCAGACCUAAGUUUUGGAAUGAACAACACAUUGCAAUCAAGAAGGAAGAAGGAUGUUGGUCCUAUGUUGGAAAAAAUGUGAGGGAUCAGGAACUUUCUAUUGGCUCUGGUUGUGACUCUGUGGCCACCGUAGAGCAUGAGCUCAUGCACGCUUUGGGUUUCUGGCAUGAGCAGUCCAGAUAUGACCGGGACAAUUACAUCUCAAUCAACUGGGGAAACAUUGAAGAAGGGAAGGAGCACAAUUUCAAAAUCAGAACGAAAGAUACCAACAGCACCAUGGACACCCCAUAUGACUACUUCUCAGUCAUGCACUACCCCAAAGAUGCCUUCAGCAAUGGCAACGGAUCUACCAUCAUCACAAAACUACCUGAGUUCCAAGAUGUGAUUGGACAGAGACUUGAUAUUAUAUGA